AGAGAUAAAAAAGAAAAGAACAUUGUCACUCUAUAAAACCGACAAGCGAGGAGAAAAUUAGAAAAAGAAAACCCUUCCCUUCCUUUCUUUCCCACCUCGAUUUCGUCAAUAACUGGAACUCUCUCUCCUUCAAAUCCGAACCCCCCAUGUCACUCUCUGACUCCAUGGCAUCUCUCUGGCGUGCCGCGACGGCCCUAACGCAAACCCAAUCAACCCAAACGGACGGGGUCGAGUUCUGGUCGAACCCAGAACGAACAGGGUGGUUAAUGAAACAAGGGGAGCACAUCAAGACAUGGAGACGCCGGUGGUUCAUUUUAAAACAAGGGAAGCUCUUCUGGUUCAAAGAUUCCACCGUGACUCGUGUGUGUAAGCCACGUGGCGUCAUCCCAGUUGCCUCUUGCUUGACAGUUAAAGGAGCGGAGGACGUGCUUCAUAAACAGUACGCAUUCGAGUUGUCUACGAGGAACGAUACCAUGUAUUUUAUUGCAGAUUCUGAGAAGGAAAAGGAGGAUUGGAUCAAUUCAAUCGGACGGUCUAUAGUUCAGCACUCGAGAUCGGUUACUGAUUCGGAGAUCGUUGAUUAUGAUAGUAAAAGAUGAUUGUGAUCAUGAUUGGUGAUUAUGGUAUAGAAAUAUGCUAAGAGUAUUGCUGGGUGUCCCAGGUUAGACUGAUAUUAUUCAGGUAGUGGUACGUUUCUAUCUUCAUCUCAGUUAAACUUAUAUUUUAUGGUUCUUUUUUACUGUAUUCUGAGAUUUUUACAAGCAAUAGUUGCAAGUGAUGUAUAUUUUGAAGGUGGUGAGAGGUAUAUUGAAGCAACAAAGAGACACCAUUACUUCUUUAAAGAUGCUGAGCUACUUUGAAAUUCUCUGCAGAUGCUGCAAACUGGAGAAAUUAUCUUCGCCUGCAGAAAACACUGAAAUGGCAACCAUUUCUAUCUUAUAAAAAAUAACGUCGCCCUGGUUGAAGGUAUGCUUUAGUCAAGAGGCUCAGGUGCAGAAGCAUCCAUAAAAACUAACUGAUACGCCCAUGCUCUAGAAGAGGCUCACUAGAUUAGAAGCAGAUUGUAAUGUUGGAACGUCUUUCUAGUGUUAAAAUACAGAAUGUUUGACAGGCUUUCCUUGUUCUCCUGUCAUGUUUAAGAAAUACCUUUGAAUAGAGCCUGCUAGUUACCCAAAAUAAUGCAUUUCCUUGGAGCUUCAGUUGAGGCCUUUUCAAGUUUGCAAUUAAAGUAGCACUGUCCCCUGAUACGUCAUUAUUACUAAUAUUACGGAAGAAAGGAUUAUUUCUUGCAAA